GCUGUAACGAUAGUCUCUCCUAAGAAGGUUAAGGUGCUAGCAGAGUUAGCUGCCUGCUCCUGCUAUGGUGUUUGCUUGCUCAUGAACUGCUAACGUCAGUCAGUCGUAAAGGGUUCAAUCGUCAUUCAUUCUCCGAGGGAAGAGACGCUCAUCGCAGUUUUAAAUCGUGACGUGGGAGCUCCACGAUGGUGAAAAUAUUCAUCGGGAACUUGUCACCAGACACAACAUCGGAAGAACUUCGCUCUCUCUUCUCCCAAUAUGGCAAGAUUGGAGAAUGCAGUAUUGUCAAGAACUACGGCUUUGUGCACAUGGAUGACAAAGCGGAGGCGGAAGAAGCCAUCAGCAACCUCCACCAUUAUGAGCUAAAUGGCCAGCCCAUGAAUGUAGAGAUGAGCCGUGGCAAGUCAAGAGGAUCCACUAAACUACAUGUUGGCAACAUUGCCUGUACCAACCAGGAGUUGAGGGCCAAGUUUGAAGAGUUUGGCUCUGUGUUAGAGUGUGACAUAGUAAAAAACUAUGCUUUUGUUCACAUGGACCGGAUGGAGGAUGCCUUGGAAGUCAUUAAUCAUUUAGACAACACAGCUUUUAAAGGCAAACUGAUGAGCGUGAAGCUUUCGACUAGCCGCCUGCGUACUGCGCCGGGAAUGGGAGACAGAUCGGGUUGUUAUCGUUGCGGGCAGGAAGGCCACUGGUCCAAAGAAUGCCCUCUAGACCAAAACGGAUACCACAGAAACGGCUCAGAGCCAAAGUCUGAUGGAUACGAUACUUCGAGAUUUGGCGGGCGUGCUCACAAUCGGGGUUAUCCGGACUUCAGUGGCGAUCCAGAUUAUGCUGGCGGCUAUGCUCCUGUGCAUGGUUAUUCCCGGGGUUCUGGUCACAGCAGCAGCAUGGCAGGGUACGGAAGGGGUUCGGACUACGAGAGUGCAAUGAGAUACGGGCCGCAUCCAGAUUAUGGCAUAAGCGCUGUUCCUGAACAUAGCAUGGCUCGGAUGUAUGGCAGUGAGGCGACAUACAGGAGCAACGGCUCGGUCUAUGGCGCGGUACCACCCUACCCGAUGCGGCGGUCGCCUUACGACGAAAGGGAUCCGUACGGGGUUGUGGACUACUACGAGAGGUACAGGGUCAAUUCUUAUGGCGGCAGUUAUUUCGAGGAACGUCGCACUGUCCCGUUGCCAGCUCCAUCCACGCCUUCCACAGCGUUAAUGCGGGAACGUCUGCCCCCCUCUAGCCUCGACCCAUACGAGUGUCCUCCCCUCCCUCAUCCACCAGCCCCAGUCUCCGCAUACUACGCACGUGACCGGAGUCCGAUUCGGAGAAUCCCUGUCGAGGCAGGUGGAUAUGCAUAUGAGCGUUCACGCCUUUCUCCGGUCCCCGCCCUACCAAGAAGUUCUACCUAUGACCAUCUGCGGGAUCCCGGUGCCGAUCGGGCACGAUAUGCAUACUAAUCCUUGUCCAAUACAGCCAGGUGCGAGCUGUCUGACAUUUAGUGGGUAGGAUAGCCUAAGUGCCAUUGGAAUCACUGAAAAUGUAAAGUAAACAUUACUUGUCAUUUGUAAUAUCAAAGGCAAAAAUCCGCCCUCUUUGUAUGUAAAGCGUUUCAGUAGUAAGAUGACUAUACAGUUUACAAACCAUAAUAGUCAACGAGUAGAUUCCAAUGUGGAUGGUUAUCUGCCCUCACAUGCUAUGAUCUCAUUCCAGGUACUUUGAAAUGCAGUAAAAAUAAUGCUCUGUUGACACCUGUCAUUGUCCUUUUUACUUGUUUUGGUUUUGGUGCAGCUCAGGCUUAGCCUAAGUGCCGGCUUAGCCUAAGUGCCGAUACUAGGUUAAUUUAACUUGUGUUGGACGUCUAUUCAAGAGACUAGAAGAACUGCAUUUUUGCCCCUCUCAAAGUAGCUAUAUGUUUAUACACUAUUUAGACUCUGUUAAUAGAAGCAAAUGAAAUGAGUGCAUGGUGCAUGUUUUAAAGGGAACCUUAGUUUCACUAAUUGAGUUUGUUGUUUUUUUUCAGCAAAAUCUAGUAUUUUACCAUUUUACUUUGACUGUUUGUGCGAGUUCAUUGUUAUUAGAUAUGUGAAGCAAUGCGAAAACAAAAUUGAAUACUGUAUGCUUCCCCACUUACGUUGUUUAACCUGUGGGCUUAAAUGUCACACCUGUACCAAAUAUAGACCUGCACACAAAAAAAUGGUUAGACUUUUUUUAUUUGGGUUAUAUCAAACAUUUUGUGAAAUUAAGUUGAACUUUAUAUCCAUCUGCAUUGUGAUGUUUUUAUCGGUAGGUGCAUUACUUUCAUUAUAGAUAAUAGAUAAUAGAUUUUAAUUGCUGUGAUAAGUAUGAGGCUUCGCAACUUAAAACACAUGUUGUUGAGUUUCAUAAUGACUAUGACCUCAAAUGUCUAUGCUGUUUGUUUCGAUUUCUAAUGAAGAGGAUACAAAUAAAAUCAGUUUCUCUAAAG